GCUCGGGGCGGGAAGGGCCGGUGAGGCUGGAGCGGCUGCAGCUACGCGGGGCCUUUCCGGCCAGACGUGCUCGGGAACAGUGCUGGUCGUCCCCGCCGGCGCCUCAGCGAGAAGCCCGGGAAAUGGCCAAGGGUUGGUAGAUGAAGCGCCCGGCACGGCGCUGAAGCGCUCAGGGUUCCUCCAGCAGUGCACCUCGCUAGGGAUUGUUAAGAAUUAAAAUAGGAAUUUAGGCCAACUGUGGGGAAAAAAAAGUUACUGAUAGUCUUACCCCGUAUGUCUGUAUUGCCAUUCAAAGUUAAUAUCUCUUAAAAUAGGAACAUGAAAGUUUACAACAAUGCAUAAAGUUGCAAGCACCUAGAAGAUUAACUAAGACUUGUGCGGAAGUAUGUACAUCCUUUGCCAGGUUUUAAUGCAAACCAGUGAGGAAUUGGGUCAAUAAUCAUAGAUAUAACAGGAGGUAAUGGAAGUUACUUGACUGGCUGUUGAGAAAAUUCUUGAAACCGGAAAAACUAAUGUUCCCUUUAUGGACAUCUGAUAAAAAAAAAAAAGAGAAAUUGACCCUUGAGAGUUCUGAAGUCCUGAAGAAGCUGCAACUCCCGGGAAACGGCGUGUCCUGGGGCAUGCGCACGCUGGGUGACAGUGCAGAGGCACGUGGAGCGCUGCGGCGUGUUCGGGGCGAGCGGCGUUCGCCAGCGGCUCCAAUGCAGGAAGGUCCUGGGGAAGGUGUGUGCUGCUGCCACUACCUUGAUAACGUUACACUGAUGGAAUCAUGUGAACAGUUGAAGAACAUUCAAGUUUGCCAAAGGUACCUCAGAAUUGAAUUCUUCUUAAUACAGUGACCAUAUGGGAUCAAAGAAAAACGGUCUUCUGUUUUUCAAACACUUGAAUUUGUUGUUUGUAACAACAUGAUUUACUGUGAAAACUGGAAGAAGAAUCUUUCUGGACACUUUAAAGAUAGCUGGCUCAAUGUUGAAGACCAUGAUUCUCUAGCAGAAGCACUUGUUACAGAAGCAUGGAAAAGAUUAGAAAGGCUUAGUUUGCCAGCUCUAUCUAAAUUCACACUGUGCUUAUACAAGCAACACAGGCAUUUCAAUCCCAUAAUUGGCCAAGUAGCUCAUAUUGUGGACAUGAAGCUGGAUUCUAUACAGGAUGUAAGGAUCUUGUCAGUUUUGAUGGUCGGCAUAUCUGAUGUUAUCUCACAGAGUUUUCGAGAUCGAUUACUACACAAGGCUGAACAGCUGUUGGAAGAAGAGAAUGAAGGCCACUUCAACUAUGCCAAAAGAAUGCUACAGUUUCUUCAAAAUAUUAAACUGAAAUAUCAUCCAUUGCUAGAAAAAUGCAACAGGAUUUUCCUUAAAAGUGCCUCCCGUCUUGAUAUCCACAGUAUUAGUAAUAUUUUUGGACUGUACGAGCAGCUGGGUUUUGACAAUGCUGAAUUCCGCUUGCUUGCUAACCAGCUACUGUCUGAAAAUAUAGAUGAUUAUUACAAUCCUGAAACCUUUGCAAAAUUAUUUUUUGCUCUUGGGCCUAUGGCAGGAUCCAGGGUAAGAGAAAGGUUGCUAGUAACUGCAGCACACAUGGCAGAAGAAUUUAGCAGUCACCAGGUAUUGGUGAUACUGAAGACAAUGAAGAAAAUGAAAUGCAGAAAUUCUCAUCUACUUGAAAAAAUGGCUUCUGUUCUGCCCAAACACUUGGAUAGUUAUCAUGUGUUACAGCUGGUGAAGUUAACACAGUACCUGACAGGGUUGCGAUGCCGCAAUCUGGAGCUGUUUUCCAAACUGAAAAUAUUACUAUUAGGUUAUUUAAAAUCUAGUGUGAUACCUGCUGAUACUGCAGCCAUAAUUCGUGUUCUGGCCAUGCUGCCUUCUUUUCAAGUGGAGGAGAUGAUUACAAACAAAGCAGCAGCAGUUCUGCCUCAAUGCAGUCUCCAUCAUCUGAAUUGCAUUGCUACAGCUCUUGUCAAAUGGAAUCAUCAUGACCAGUUGCACUGGCAAAACAGUUCUGAGCUAUGUGCAAAGCUUCUGCAAAAACUAAAUGACUGUGGAUUUGAGAGGCUUCAGAAAACCAACAGCUUAAAUCUUCUGUUGGAAGAACUUACACAUGUGAAUGGACAGUGGUUUGAAGAAGUCCUGAAUGAGGAAACUGUGGCCAUGUGUCAACGCUUGAUAGACCAAAUAACGUGGACAAAUGUAUUACCGCUGUCUUUUUUUCUCAAAAAAACAAACCACCGUUGUCCUGCCUUAUUUGACAGAAUAGCUUCUGUGACUGUUGAAAAUACAGACAAGAUCCACCCCUCCGAAAUCUAUUUUAUUCUCUUCCUUUUCUCUGCUUUGAAUUAUGACAAUGAAGAGUUCUUUAAGAGUUGUAUCCAACAUCUUACUUCUAACUUGAGUUAUUUUGAAAUUUAUCAGUUGGUGCUGCUUGGUCACGUUUUGGCAGUGGCUGGGUAUUUUCCUCCAAUUCUGAUAACAACGAUAUUUAAUGUUUCUUUCCUAAGCAAACUGGAUGCUCAACUUAAAGUCCUGCCUGAUACCCUAAAGCAGAGGGUCUGCUCUCGCCUCAUGAAAUUGAACAGAGCAGUCUGUCUGGAGUGCCCAGAGUUUCACAUCCCUUGGUUUCAUGAGCAGUACUGUCAACGUGUCUUUCAUAACAGCAUGAGCCGAAUAAAUCCACUGCGACAGCACGUUCACAGAAUGCUGACAGAGAUCUUAGGAGGGAGCCAGUACUCCAGAAUAUCUGUUCUCACACCAUACUACUAUGAAAUAGAUUUUGAGUGUGUCCUGGAUGAAAAUAAAAAGCCUCUUUCCUACAUGGCUCAGAAUAUACAUUUGGAUGAUGUGGGGGGAAUACACUUGAGACAUGACAUCAAAGAUGAAGGGAGAAAGGCUCUGCCACCAGGAGCUCAGAGAAUUGCUUUGGAAUUUCUUGAUUCAAGAGCUUUUAGCAAAGAUUAUUCACGUCAUCUGAAAGGAGAACCUGCAGUGAAAAAACGACACCUGGAAAUGCUGGGAUACCGAGUAGUUCAGAUUCCUCACUUUGAAUGGAAUUCUAUGGUUCUGUCAACAAAAGGUGAACAGCUAGAAUACCUGAGACAGCAGCUAUAUGGAAUACAGUGAUGUCAGACAUGCAGUCUAAAGUACUUCUAUAAAAACAUUUUAUGUACCACCAAACGUUUUGUAAUCCUGGAAUAGAUAGUUUCAAAAAUCUCUUUAUCUGUGAGUCAGCUGGACCAAGGCUUGCCACAGGCAUCAAGUGUAAAGGGAUUGCAAAAGGCAGGUCAUAGUGGGCCAUGAAGAUCCAAUAACGAUGCUUAAAAUUUCUUAUUAUCUGGAAGCUAUUGUUUAAUCACAUGAAGCUCUGGCAGUUUUGCUGUAAAAUUACAUUAUCAUCUCCUAAAUAAAUAAUACAGAGGCUUAGCCAGACAUAAAACUCUCCAAAGAAAAAGGUGGAAAUACUCUUGACUGUGAGAGAAGCGUCAGCAAUCUAUUGGAAACUAUGUCUGUCCUCCAGCAUGAGACAGAAUGAGCAGCUGGGAAUCAAACAGUAUCUGUACUCUGAAACCAAGAAACUGAAAUGCAAGUUGACUAAGCAUAGGGCUGCUUUUAGAGCCAUUCUGUUUCCGUCUCCCAAAACAGAGGUACUGUGGGGGACUGUGCUGGGGGAGGGUGUUGCGUGGCGAGGAACCUCCAGCUGCUUCUCCUACCCUGUGAUGUGGCACAUACAAAAGUAGGGCUGAGCCUUCUGGAACACCUCCAUAUACCUAAAAACCCUGCCAGGGUUUGUGCAGGAGGCACAAGACACUGAGAUGUAGAAGGAAAAAACGGAAUAGGCAGCAGAAUGUUCAUUGUAGAGCAAACUGUAGAGUGGUCAUACUUGACAGAUCAGCCUGUUUUCAGAGGCAGCCACGUUGUGCCCACGCUGCCAUCAUCUCAUGACUGCUUGCUCUGCCUGUCCUUCACAUACACAAUGUGGCUGUUUUCUUCCUCAUUUAGUAGAAGCAGUAGACAUUCUUUUACCACUUCCUUUGAAACCUGGCAGAGGUAAGCAACUGCAUUUCUGAAUUGGCCAUUAUGCAUCUGUUGUCACUUUUUUUGGUUUUACUAUUCAGUAGCAGAAGAAAAUAUUUUUAUUUACUGAAUACAAAUCAGGACAGGAAUGGAAAUUCAGGAAAAAAACAACAGAACUGAUCUAGGCUGCAAGAUGUAGAGGGCUUUGAGGAAGUAUCAUUGAAGGGACAGCCAUAGAAAGACUCUAUGCACAUUCUAUUUUGUAUAAAAUGGAGAAAACAAUCAUAAAUAUAGGUUAGUAUCUCAGAAGGUGGGCUACAUGUCAAAGGGCUGUUGCAUGACCCUGUUUCUGUACAGAUGGCCUUCACGAAGCAACCUUGGAGUCUACGAAAGGUGGCAGUGGCUUAAAUGUUCAGUCAUGGGUGGUCAUGUGUUUGAGCUGAACGCUGCUUUUCAGAGUUCUAGCAGUCACUGUGCCAAGCCAGCUAUCUUCAGAUUAUGUAUGGAUAAAGUUAUGAGUAUGCACAAUGGGAAGAGGAUUAAAACUUGCUGUGAGUGGAUUCAGAAAGGGCAUCGAAGAAAAGCAAACUAUUGAAAAGAGUAUUUCAAUAAAAUGUGUUGUCUUUGA